GAACCAACAUUUGAUAGCCACUUAUUAAUCACUUCUUCACCAUAACAAAGCGAUUCAUUUCGUCUCCUUCUCUCAACAACCUCACCCCUCCACUCAACCGCACAUUCAGUGCUCUCGCCAGCCAAAAUGUCUCGCGCAGGCGUCUCAAUACGCCACGCCACAGAUCUCAACGCGCCUCCACCGCCAGACCAAGACGAGACAUGUCCCGUAUGCAAGACAACACGCUACUUCAACCGGGACAUGGAAUUCCGCAUUAAUCCAGAGUGCUACCACCGCAUGUGCAAGACCUGCGUCGAGCGAAUCUUUAAAGACGGUCCCAACCAAUGUCCCUACGCCGGCUGCCACAAGACCCUUCGUCUUCGCGGUUUCAAGACCGCUUUCUUCGCGGAUCUUGCCGUGGAGCGUGAAGUCGAUAUUCGGAGACGAGUGGCGGCGGUGUUUAACAAGGUUGAGGAGGACUUUGAGACGCUGAAUGACUAUAAUGAGUACCUGGAGAUGGUGGAGUGUUUGACGUGUGACCUCGUUUAUGGCACCGACGAACAGAGGAGGAAGGCUGAGGCGCAACUUGGCGAGUGGGAGGCGAAACACAAGCAGGACAUUGAGCGCAACAGACGUCUUGCGCGCGAAACAGACGAUGCUCGCCAGCGCCGCAUCGCAGCAGAGGAAGAAGAAGCCCGACAGCGACGAUUACUUGAACGACAGGAAGAACUCGAAGAAAAAGCCAACGCCAAGCGUUUCCGCGAAGAAAUGCUCGACUCUCUCCAAAGCGCCGAGAUGGGUCGCGCAACAGAAGCGAUGGACAAGAUUAUGCUCAAGAAACGAGGACACAACAAGCGCGACGCAGCACUCGGCGCAGCAGGAAGCAGCGGUCUCUCUAUCAGAGGACUGCGCGAGAAGAAGGCUGUCGUUGUGGAGAACAAGCCAUACGAUCCGUACGGCGGCGUGCGUGUCAUGCCAGAACGCGUAGACCUUGCGCCGGAGAAACUAGCGACGUAUAGCAAUGAGUGGGUCGAGAUCACAAGGACGAAGCCCGAGUUCAAGGCUGGAGGGUACAGUCCUGAUGAGUAUCUCACUCGAGCUUUGUUCGAGGCUUUUUCAGGGCUGGGUGUGUUUGUGGAUGAGGAGAAGGUUGAGAAGAGUGUUGCUACGGCGGGCGCGAAAGAAGCGGCUGUGACGGGAGAUACAGGGGGUAGAAUGGACGUCGAUGAUCCGUUCUAGUAGAUGAUUUCGUUGUUUAAACGGGCAUAGCUAUGGAGUUUGGGAGUUUGGGAAAACACUGAGGGAUAUAACGGAACUGGAGUUUUGAAGAUGGUAAAAACGACACGAUACCAUGGCUACAGAGAACAUAUACCAGACACAGUGAAUACAGAUAAAUAAUUGAUGAUAA